AUGGACGAGCUGAUGCAGACCGCCGGGCGGUACAUCGGCCGCUUCUGGACGGACAUCGCGGGCGCCGGGGAGUCCGAGGAGGUCGCCGACGUCGCGAGGGCGCUCGUGUUCACGCCGCUGAAGGCGCUGGGGAAGCGCGCGCGCGACGCCAUGUUGGACAUCUCCAGCCCGGCGCGGCCGGGCCCGGCGGCCGUCGGGGAACGGCGGACGGUCAGGGCGGCGCGCAGGGCACCCGCAACCGGCGGGGGCGCGAAUGGGAGGGCGAUGAGCAGGUUCGCGGCGGAGGCUGCCGACGCGGAACGCGCGUCGACCGCCGCCGAGGCGACGAACGACGCACAACCCUCCCCUUCCGCAUCGGCGGAGAGGCUGAAGCGCCGCAGACUGGCGGACGAGGAAGGGGAAGCGCAGCCGUCGCUCGCGCCCGCGCCCGCGCCCGCCGCCCGCACCGCCGGCGACGGUAAGCCCCCCGCCGGCAUACUCAAGGAGAACGGCCGGCCCACCAAGCGCAAGCGCGACGGAGGAGGUGAUGGAGGAGGAGGAGGACGGGGACCGUCGCCCGCGACGCGGCACCACGUCACGUUCGAGGACGAGAUCGCAAACGACGACCACGACGAGAACCGGGCGCGCGGCGCGCGCGACGACUCCCCACCCCGCGCGCGGCGUCGCGUGGACAUCCCGGCCGCCGUCCCCGGGGAUAUCCCCGGGGACGCGAGCCGAGCCGUCGCGACCCGUAAGCCGCGCGUGCCCCUCGCCGUCGUCCUUCCCGAUCCCCCCGCGCUUCCGCGUUGCGCCGGUCGAGUCCGCCUUCGACCGACCGCGCGCCGACCGGCGUCCGCGUCGCACCACCUGAGAGCGAGCCGGGGGGGUUGGUGCGCGAGCUCGAAUCCGGCGCUGGGUGGUCGUUCACAGCUGGCGUCGUUCACAGCUGGCGCGGGCGGCGUGCUCGCGUCCGUCGCGAGACCGAGGGCGAUGGAUUGGCGAUCGGUCGGCGACGUCGCGACUCGGUUCAAACCCGCGGAGCUCACCGACUUACCCGCGGAUCCCAAACCGCUCACUGCUGGAGCGACCCCAAGCGUGGGUGUCGCCGUACCACCGCCGGCGUUCACCGCACAGGGCGGCGGCGCGGGAGGGUUCGCGUUGGGAGGCGGGGGACCGCCCGCGGCGACGACCGCGGGGUCGAAGAGGGGUAAGUCGAAGAGGGGUAAGGGCGGCGACGACGACGGGGGACUGUUCGCGGGGCUCGCGGACUUUAAGAGGACCGAACGCGCCGACGAUACACGCGCGGGCGGGGACGCCGCGAAGGGAACGGGAGACGAUACGCCCGCGGGAGGCGACGGCGAUACAAAAAACCCCGCGGCGGCGGCGGCGCCGGCUAUUACGUUUUCAUUCGGCGCCGCGCCGGCGACUGCGUCCGCGGAUGACGCGAAGCGGGACGAAAAGGGGGCGAACGAAAAGGGGAACGACGCGGCGCCGGUCGCCGCGUUCACGUUCGGCGCUCCUUCCGCGGGCGAGGGCAAGGACGAGGCGGUCGACGGGGAGAAGAAAAAGUCGGACGUGUUUACGUUCGGCGCGUCGACGUCGGCGACCCCUUCGUCCACCCCGGCGUUCACGUUCGGCGCGGCGGCCACGGCGGCCACGGCGGGGGCUUCGGGGUCUUCGGCGGCGGCGAGCGCCCCAGCUUCGACGGCGCCAGCCUUUACCUUUGGCUCGGCUUCGACUUCGACGGCGGCUCCGUCGUUUAGUUUCGGCGCCGCGACCGGAGGGGCACUAAACCCUAACCCUAACCCUAACCCGGCGGCGCCCGGCGCGGCGUUCACGUUCGGAUCCUCCGCUCCCGCGGCUGCGUCCGCGGCUGCGUCCGCGGCGGGCGCGGGCGCGUCCGUCGCGUUCACGUUUGGAGCCCCCGCGGGAGCCGUGGCUGGCGGUUCCGGGACGCUGAGCACGGGCGGCGCCGUGCCCGCGCCGUCGUUCGCGUUUGGAGCCGCGGGCGGGGCGCCGUCGCCCGCGGGCGGGGGCAUGGCGAUGGGCGCGGGGGGCGCUCCGCCGGCGGGACGGAGGAAGGUUCGAGCCAGGCGCCCGCCUCGGUGA